AUGAGUCGGAUGGCCUGUUCUUCAAAAGCCAUAGUUGAAAGUAAUGGUGAUGUACAUGGUGAUUUUGGAAUAGAAUAUUUAGACAUGAUUGAUUUUACAGGGGUGGAGGGGGUGCAUAGUGGUGAUAAUGGUCCAUGCCCAUGGCGGCUUCGUGCAUCUAGUUAUGGAGAAAAGAACUUCAUGAUUGUGAAAUUUAAUCCGGUCCAUGAAUGUGAUAUGAGUUUUAUACUUGACAAGCAUUGUCACGCAAGUGCUAAACUCGUUGGUAAUGUAGUGAAGCGGAAGUUGAAAGAUUCUCGCACAAUAUACACACCAAGUGAUGUGAAACAAAACUUUGAUGUCACCAUUAAUUAUUGCAAAGCUUGGAGAUCGAGGGAGUUAGCUCUAAUGUCCACUAGAGGUUCAGUAGAGGAGGCAUAUUCUCUUCUUCCAGCUUAUUGUCACGAAUUAGAGCGUGUGAAUUUUGGCACAAGGACAUACAUCCACACCGAUGAGAACAAUCACUUUUUGUAUUUUUUUAUGGCUAUUGGGGCAUGUAUUAGAGGGUUUCAAUCUUCGAUGCGGCCAAUCAUUGCUGUGGACGCCACACAUUUAAAAUGUAAGUAUAAGAGUGUCCUCUUUGUUGCCAAUGCAUUUGACGGAAAUCGAAACAUAUAUCCUCUUGCUUUUGGAAUUGGGGAUUUAGAGACGGAUGCAUCAUGGCCUUGGUUUUUCAGUAAGCUUCAUGAAGCCAUUGGUGAGUGUCCAAAUCUUGUGAUUAUUUCUGAUCAAAAUAUUAGCAUAGAGAAUGUGUGA